AUGUCUAAGUCAGAGUCUCCUAAAGAGCCCAACCGGCAGAGGAAGCUUUUCAUUGGAGUGUUGAGCUUUGAAACAACCAAUGAGAGCCUGAGGAGUCAUUUUGAGCCAUGGGGAAUGCUCCUGGAUGGUGUGGUAAUGAGAGUUCCAAACACCAAGCACUCCAGGGUCUUUGGGUUUUUCGCAUAUGCCACUGUGGAGGAGGUAGAUGCAGCCAUGAAUGCAAGGCCACACAAGGUGGAUGGAAGAGUUGUGGAACCAAAGAGAGUUGUCUCAAGAGAAGAUUCUCAAAGACCAGGUGCCCACUUAACUGUGAAAAAUGUAUUUGUUGGUGGCAUUAAAGAAGACACUGAAGAACAUCAUCACCUAAUAGAUUAUUUUGAACAGUAUGGAAAAAUCGAAGUGACUGAAAUCAUGACUGACCGAGGCAGUGGCAAGAAAAGGGGCUUUGCCUUUGUAACCUUUGACGACCAUGACUCCGUGGAUAAGCUUGUGGUUCAGAAAUACCAUGCUGUGAAUGGCCACAACUGUGAAGUUAGGAAAGUCCUGUCAAAGCAAGAGAUGGCGAGUGCUUCAUCCAGCCAAAGAGGACGAAGUGGUUCUGGAAACUUUGGUGGUGGUCGUGGAGGUGGUUUUGGUGGGAAUGACAACUUUAGUCGUGGAAGAAACUUCAGUGGUCAUGGUGGCUUUGGUGGCAGCCAUGGUGGUGGUGGAUAUGAUGGCAGUGGGGAUGAGUAUAAUGGAUUUGGUAAUGAUGGAAGCAAUUUUGCAGGUGGUGGAAGCUACAUUGAUUUUGACAAUUACAACAAUCAGUCUUCAAAUUUUGGACCCAUGAAGGGAGGAAAUUUUGGAGGCAGAAGCUCUGGCCCCUAUGAUGGUGGAGGCCAAUACUUUGCCAAACUAUGA